AUGACCCACCUCGAUCCCCCCAUAACAUCGUCGACGAGGAGCGCCCAGAUUAAUCCGCCGCCCCUGGCCAUUCAAACCACAGAAUGGUCCGACGACAGGUUCGAGGAAGUAGAGAUAAUCGCCAGUAGAAACCGCCGUGUCGAAAAGGUCAGGGAUAAAGAGACUGGAGCUAUCGUCGUUCGAAAGAGCUUGUCGUACGAGCCAGGGAACGCCGCUUCAGGUCCUGGAGACGUGAUUGACGAGCUGAAGAGAUUCACACACCUUCGCCACACCAAUAUUAUUAUCAUCCAUGGGUGGUAUCUGUCGCGAUGGGGACUCCCGAGAGUCUUGAUGGAGUACUGCGAAGGAGGAUCGCUGGAGUCCAUUAACGAACGGAUCAUAGAGAAGAACGUCACUGUGGAAGAGCGGAUUGCAGGCCAAGUAGCUGAAGGGAUCCUGCAAGGCCUUUCAUAUCUAUUUUCACAAGAUUUAAUUCAUAACAGCCUAGAGCCAGCAAACAUCCUUUUCAGUAAAGGAGGCCUGGUUAAGCUUUCAGGGCAUCCCUGGGCUGAAAUAGUCCACCAGGGGGCGCACACAAGCCGUAGACUCUACUACAUGAGCCCAGAGCAAAUCCAAGGUCUGGCAACGUCGAGGGGUCCAUCCGAUAUUUGGUCUGCGGGGGUUGUCCUUCUCGAAUUUGUACAGAAGGAGUUCCCUUGGGGGAGCGACCUCUCCCCGGUAGAGAUCAUGAUGAACAUUGUUCAUGGUGAACCCCCGACUCUUGCAGAUAAAACUACAGAUGACGCUGUCUGGAGCAAUGACUUGAAGGACUUUCUCAAGCAGAUGCUCGUGAAUGCACCGUCUGGCAGAAAGACUGCCAUGGAACUGUUAGAGCACUCAUGGAUCAAGAGUGUUAUCGCUCAGGAGAAUGAGAUGGAGGCGUGGCUGGCACGAUUGUGGGACUGGCCUCAGGCUUCGUGA